CGUCAAUAUUGCCUGCCAAGCCAUCUCUGAGAUUUCUUCGGAUUCAUUCUACUGUACACCCGCCUGUCGUAUUGGGUUGAUAUAUGAUUUAUUUUCCUAAAAGAGAUCCACCAACACCAUGACCGAAUCGUUGAACCCUCCCCUCUCGUACGAGGCAUCGGCCACAACCACCCACCCGCAUAUCGCAACCACCCUUCCUCGCGAAGUCAUCGCAAGUCUGAAGAAUUCGCGAUUUCUUCACCUCGCAACCAGUGAUGGCAUGACCCCGCACAUCUCCCUCAUGUCCUACACCUACCUCCCCUCCACCCCCUUCGACUCCUAUCCAACAAUCAUCAUGACCACCAACACCUCGUCACGCAAGACCAACCACCUGCUCACCAAUCCGCGCGUGUCACUCCUGGUCCACGACUGGGUGUCCCAUCGACCCCCAACCCGGGCUCCGAACCCCGGGGGCGAUCGUGAUGGGUCCCCGCCCCCCGCGGCAACCCGGUCCUCGCUGGCCAGUCUCCUUUUGAAUCUCAACACGAGCGCGCUGUCCAGCAUCUCCACGACGAUCACUGGUUCCGCGCGGUUCCUCGAGCCCGGCUCCGAGGAAGAAGCCUGGUGCAAGGAGAAACAUCUCGAGAACAACACCUUCGAGGAGGAGAUGAAUAUUUUCGGACAAGAGCUGCGACAAGAGCGGGAACCGGGUCAGCGGCGGCCGAGCAUCUCGACGGAUGGCGACGUUCGGGUGGUCACUGUGCGUGUGAGCGAGGGCCGGAUCGCGGACUGGAAGGGUGGGGUCCGGGAUUGGCUGGUGGUGCGGGAGGGCGAAGAAGAAGAGACAGAUGAGAGACUUGUCAACGGACAUGUUUAAUUAUAGUUGCAAUUUAAUUGGGAUUGCACUGCUAGUGCUGUGGUUGUUUAUUCUUUCUUGUUUCUAGUUAGGGUUACGGAGCCAAAUUGGUUGUUAUCGGGGUAAAAGGCUUUCAUUCUCCGCGUUAUUGCUAUGAGAUUGUACGAGAAAUUGAGAUUGAGAAC